AUGAACGAGCUGCCGGCGGACGUGCGCGCCUUUCUGCGCGAGCACCCGAGCCUGCGGCUGGAGCCCGGCGCCUGCAAGGUGCGGUGCACUCUGACCGGCCACGAGCUGCCCUGUCGCCUGCCCGAGCUCCAGGUCUACACCCGCGGCAAGAAGUACCGGCGGCUGGUCCGCGCCUCCCCGGCCUUCGACUACGCCGAGUUCGAGCCGCACAUCGUGCCCAGCACCAAGAACUCGCGUCAGCUGUUCUGCAAACUCACCCUGCGACACAUCAACAAGUCCCCGGAGCACGUCCUGAGGCACACCCAGGGCCGGCGGUACCAGAGGGCGCUGCAGAAGUAUGAGGAGUGUCAGGAGCGGGGCGUGGAAUUUGUGCCGGCCUGCCUCCUGCACAAGAGGAGGAGGAGGGAAGAGCAGCAGGACGGUGACGGGCCGCCACGUCCUAGAGAAGCCUUCUGGGAGCCCCCGUCCAGCGAUGAUGGCGCCGCCCCGAGUGACAGUGAUGACAGCAUGACAGACCUGUACCCGCCUGAACUGUUCUCCAAGAAGGACCUGGAAGCGCCCGGGCCUGGGGACAGCACUGACGACUUUCUGACCGAGGACGAGGACGAGAGGCCGAGGGGCCCCCGAGAGACGGGCCCUGAAGACAGGGGGGCCCUGGGAGCGGGCCAGGAACGCAUCCUCAAGCGCAGGAAGAAACAGUCCAGCUCCUUGAAAAAGAAGUUCAAAAGUCACCACCGCAAACCUAAGAGCUUCAGCUCUUGUAAACAGUCGGGUUAA